AUUUAACUAAUAGGAAACGGAAAAAGUAAAGAUCAGCAAACAAACGCACGCCUCUCUCUCUCUCUCUCAAAACCAAAAUCUUCGUUCCGAGCUUUUGAUUCACCGUCUCCGGUUCAGAGUUUUUCUAUAGAUAUACAUUCAUCACCCCUUUGCUAUCUAUCUGGUUGCUUGAAAAACACUAUCAUACAUUCAGAAGUAAGAAGUUCAACAAGCUCUUGUUCCAUCCCGAGACUCCUCCUCUCUCUCAAAGAUGGCGCUGGAGAACAUUGGUGCUUCCAACCGUAACGAUGAGUUUUACAGGUACAAGAUGCCUAUGAUGGUUAUCAAAACUGAAGGCAAAGGUAACGGCAUCAAGACCAACAUUGUCAACAACGUCGACAUUGCAAAGGCCUUGGGGAGACCUGCAUCUUACACUACCAAGUACUUUGGUUGUCAGCUUGGUGCUCAGUCCAAGUUUGAUGAGAAGACCGGGACUUCACUUGUGAAUGGAUCUCACAGCACGCCUAAGCUUACUUCUCUUCUGGAGGCUUUUAUUAAGAGGUAUGUUCAGUGUUAUGGGUGUGGGAACCCUGAGACUGAUAUUAUUAUUAAUACAAAGAUUCAGAUGGUGAACUUGAAGUGUGCUGCUUGUGGGUAUAUCUCUGAGUGUGACAUAAGGGAUAAACUGACUACGUUCAUUCUGAAAAACCCACCGGAUGCGAAGAAGGAGGCCAAGGAUAAGAAAGCUAUGAGGAGAGCUGAGAAGGAGAGGCUUAAAGAAGGUGAAGCAGCUGAUGACGCCCACAAAAAGCUUAAGAAGAAAGCACCUUCUAACGGGAAGGAGCAUGCUGAUGAUGAGAAUAUCAUACCGAAGCAUUUGGAGAAUGCUCAUGAGGUGGAUGAUGAUGAUGAUGAUGAUGAUGAUGAUGGUAUUCAGUGGCAAACAGAUACUUCUAGAGAAGCUGCUGAGAAAAGAAUGAAGGAACAGUUGAGUGCUGCUACUGCUGAGAUGGUGAUGCUCUCUGUAAAAAAAGAAGAGGAGAAGAGUCUCGUGCAGGAGGAGAUGAAAGAGUAUCUGAAGAAAGGUUUACCUUUAAGCCAGCUCAAAACGUUCAUCUCCUCUCUCUCUGAGCCUCCUCAAGAUGUCAUGGACGCACUUUUCAACGCUCUCUUUGAUGGUGUGGGCAAAGACUUUCUCAAACAAGUUAUGAAGAAGAAGAAGUACUUAGUGGCUGCAACGCAAGAGGAAGGAGGAUCACAGAUGCAUCUGCUCAACUCUAUCGGAUCAUUCUGUGGAAAGAGUGGAAACGAAGAGGCGGCUAAAGAGGUGGCUCAGGUUCUUAUGGCAUUGUACGAUGAAGACAUUGUUGAGGAAGAGUUUGUGCUGGAAUGGUACCAAAGGGGUCCGAGCGGAGUGGACAAGAGCUCGCUUGUUUGGAAGAAUGUUAAGCCUUUUGUGGUGUGGCUACAGAGCGUUGAGUUCGAGUCCCAAGAGGAGGAUUGAGAGUUUCUUUUGCACUGUGACUGUUUUUUUUUUUUUUAAAUGUUAUUUUGGUUUUCAGUAUUCUCAGAUUCUUUUGACGAAUCUAAAAUCAAUUGUCUGACUUUUAUUAUUAUUCUUCUUUUCUGUAUCUAAACUCUC